GAAGUGGUGAGCAUCAUGGAAGGUGAGAAACAUCCAGAUGACCACGCGGAAGCGAACUAAAGAUGUCGAAUAAACAAGAGAAGCCUCGUUCACUACAGACUCUUGCUUGCAGAGCACGCUAGAGGGAAAGCAAGCUAGCUCAGCCCCACGGCGGGCGCUGCAUCAUUGAUGAUUUCAACAUUUAGAGAUUCCCUACACAAACGUACAAACUCACAACCUCCACAUUUACAUCCAAGGUCCCACGCUACGCCUGUACAGCUAGGACUGUACAGUCUUGUCUAAACCUCGACUUUCUCAAAUUUCCCUCCAAAGCCAGCAAACGAUCAAUUCGAAAGGCAUCAAGGCCCCGCAACACCAUGGGCGCCCUUCUCUCCCUCCCAAUAACCCUUCUAAACUUCCUCCUACCAUUCACGAAACCGGGGACGCCGAUACUGCAAGACCUCAUCCACACAGCCAUUCUCUGCGGCACACUCUACUACGCUCCUCAGAUCGCAGAAUGGUACAACACACGGCAGCUCGGGAACAUAACGGAUGGCGUAGGGCAACAUGACGGUCAAGAUCAAGAGCAGGACGCACAACAAGAGGAUCCGCAUAACGCACGAGACACACCUCAAGACCCACCAGUACAACAAGACCGCGCAGCCUCCCAGCCGCAAAUCGAAGACGGAGAUGAAGCACCUGCACCACAGCCCGGUCCCGCCGCACCUCCCCAACAGCCAGAGCAGCUAGUACCCGACGAAGCAGUCGCAGGUCCCGCAAACGAGCGCCCACGCCCAACGCCCGCCAACCGCGCUGUAGGCGCCAAAAAAGCUAAAUCCCUCGCGCGCAAAGACCAGCGGCGCGCAUACCAUGAAUUCCACCGGCAAGAAGCCGAGCUGCGCCGCCUGCAAGCCGCCGAAGGCGCAGAAGAACGUGAGGCUGCACUUGCAGCGGAGAAGGCGAGACGCGCGGCGGCCGAGGCGGAGAUUGUGGAGCGUGAGAGACGCGAGAGAGAGGAGGUGAAGAGAGAGCGGGAGAGAGAAUUGCAGGAGGAGCAGGAGAGGAGGGAGAGGGUUGUGCAAGUAAUUAAAGAGGAGGUAGAAACGAGGGGAGCUGUUGAUUUGGUAGAUGUUGCGUGGAAAGAAGGGAAAGAUCAGUUGUGGGUUGAGAGACUUGUGAGGGCGAGUGGGCUAUUGGCGCAGCUGUUGAGGGAUGGGGCGAAGAUGAUGGUUACGAGUCAAGGGUGGUUGGUCAGGGUUGAUAGGAACCUCUUGGAGCAGGCGUACAAGGAGGCUGAGGAGUUUGGGGAGGCGAAUGAAGGGAAGGUUGGCUUUGAGGCCUUUGGGGAUAUGCUGGAGAGGGCUGUGAGGGCAAGAGCUAAGACCUGAGAUCGAGACAGACAUGUUCAUGACGAGGAAGAUACCCAUAAAGGAGCCCACUCAUGAAACGCAAUACAGGCGACUGCUUUUCGUGCAUGGUAGGUUGGGCCGUAGAUGCAGACCAGCAUGUUCAUGGUACUUGGUGUGGCGUCAACCUGAGCCUUCACAUGAAUCGUGGGACUUGAUGGUUGACAUGAAGUAAAAGCCUGACUAUGCGGCGCGGCGACCUCUGUCUGUCUCUCGUCCCAAGCACACCCUUCACGUACAGCACAA